AUGGAAGAUCAGGCCAUGGGAAUGGGAUUUCUGGGAAUAGUCGGCCUGGAGGCUGCAGCUACAUCUCCAACGUCAGGCCAGAGAACAGGUACAGAAGGAUGGAGCACACUAUGCAGCAUGAUAGCUCAACUGACACAAGAAACCCAGCCUGCCUUCAUGACCACUCUCAAGUCCAAAGCUGUGUCAGAGAGUUCCAAUGUCAAGUUCUUCUGCGUGGUGACUGGUUAUCCUAUCCCUCAGCUUACUUGGUAUAAGGAUGAUAAACAGUUGGACAGACUGUGUGGUCUUCCUAAAUAUGAAAUAUUUCGCAACGGGCAGAACCAUUCCCUGCAUAUUUACAAUUGUACUGUGGAGGACGCCGCCAUCUACCAGGCAUCAGCCAGUAACAGCAAAGGUAUUGUGUCAUGCUCCGGGGUACUGGAGGUAGGCGGAAUGAACGAGUUCAAGAUCCACCAACGCUACUUUGCAAAGCUCAAGCAAAGAACGGAGGGCCGAAGCGGGAAGGAGAACCAGAAGCCGCUUCGGAGCAUCAGCCCGGAACGCACACAGAGGAAGCGGCGUUCCACCGUAGAGGUCUUCUCCAGCGUGCCCAGCUCCAAAGAAGAUGAGGUUCCCAAGGAGUUUAUUCAAUCAGUUGGUGAGGAUUCAAAAGUCAGGGUGGAGGAACCUAUAGAGGAACCAAUGGAGGAGACACUUGCACCCUUAGCUAAGUCUGAAACUGAUAAUGAGAUUGGCAUUGCCAAGACUGCCUUUGUCAAGAAGAAGAUCAAGAUUUUCCCAAGGGGUGAGAGGACGCCUGAGGAAACAAAAGAGUCUGAGAAUGUCAAAAAGAUAGGACCAUUUGGAAAAUUGUUAAGGAAAAAAAGUUCUGAGGCGCUUCGUUCACCAGAAAGUGCAAAGAAAAACAAAGAAAGUGACCAAAAAUGUGAUGAGAAAGUGCUGGAAAAGAAUCCUGUCAUACCCUCCAGACUAAUAAGUACACCAGAACACCAACAGGACUCAGAACCAGUCAUUCAGCAUUUGACUGACCCAAGACCAGUGGACAGAAUCCUCCAGAAGAAGUCAGCUUUACCUGAGCAGCCCUCAGAUCAGCUGCCUCAAAAGGAAACAAAAGCGAGACAAAGGAAUUCGUCCAUGCAGAAAUUAGCCUCAGGGGCCCGUCGUAAAAUCCCUUCCUCCAUGGACAAAUCUGGGGAAGCCAAAUUACCACCAGAUACCCAACCUGAAAAGCAAGAGGUUUCUCAACCAGACAACUGCACACGACAGUCACCUCUUCUUCCUCAUCCCAAUGAUGAGAUAAGUUCUCCUGUGGAGAAGCGAUCGCCAACGCUAGGCAGAAAGAAGACAUCUGCUGUGACAUUGAGCCAACCACUCAAUAAGGACAUUAAAAGUGAGACAAGUGAGGACAGAUUGGACCCAUGCAAAGCUCCUCAAGUUAUCCGUAAGAUCCGCAGUGAAAGAUUUGCUGAUACCUCGGGACACUUAAAACUAUGGUGCCAGUUCUUCAACAUUCUCACCGACUCGACUAUUGCUUGGUAUAGAAAUGAUGUGGAGAUUGCCCGGAUUACAAGAAGCGCCACAGAUGAAAGCCAGGUCAAUCUGGCUGUCAUUCAAGCAUCAAGUAAAGACUCUGGUGUUUACAAGUGCGCUAUCACAAAUGACUAUGGGAGCGACUCGACUGAAUUUCUGCUCGGUUCAGACAUUUUGGGUAGGAUUUCUCAGCGCGAGGAUCAUGGUGUUGGAGAAGAGAUAGAAAUGGCACCCCUGGUGUUCAACAAAGGUGUGGCUGACAGUGGCGUAUGGGGCAACAAGUUGUUUGGUCGGGUAAUGGUGGACAAAUCCUGUAUCGACGAAGGCAGUACCCACAAGGUCUGGAGGGCAAAAGUCAUUUAUGGCCUGGAGCCUGUCUUUGAGUCUGGUCACACAUGUAUCAUCAAAGUAAACCGCGAAAUCGCUUAUGGGGGCAAGGAGGAACACGGCCUCACUGAAAGAAACUUGGACUUGGUCAAGCAGCACUGUAAAAUUCAGAAUCUGGCCCGGGAGUACUGCAAAAUUUUCUCUGCAGAGGCGAGAGUUAUUGAGAACUUUGGACCUCCUCUUGAGGUCAUCCCAGUCCACUUAAUGUACCGGCCAGCAAACACUAUUCCCUAUGCUACGGUGGAGGCUGAUUUGGCAGGAGUCUACCAGAAAUAUGUUGCAAUGGACCAUAUGGGAAAAAUUGAGACGAAAGCCACCUCUGACAUAGGGCUCAAGUGUUGCGCCUUGCAGCACUGGAUCUUUCAAUGGACCAGCGGAAAUCUACUCAUCACCCGACUUGAAGGGGUUGAUACAAAGGUCACCAACAUUGGAAUUACAGUUAGAUCUACUGGACAUCAAGGCUUCCAAAUUGAAGGCAGGCCUGAAGUUUUUGAGGGCUUUGUCUCGCAGCACCAUUGUAACUACUUCUGCGGUCUCCUGGGUCUGAGGUCGCUCAAGAUUUUGGACUCUUUAACAACGCCGGCCAAGUCCAAAGGCUCCAGGAGCCCAUUACUCCAGCGCAAAAAUCAGGCUUCUGGCUCAUGCAGCCCACAGACUGGCAGGAGAGCAGCCGGUAGCCCUAGGACGCCACGAAAGUCCCAGCAGGAUGUCACAAAUACUCUGAAAGUUGCUGUUGAAGUAUCACCCUGA